AUGGCUUUCACAGACUUCUCUAAAGUUGAAACUUUGAAACAAUUGGACAGCAACUUGUCUGCCAACUCCUACGUCGAAGGUUUCACUCCAUCUCAAGCAGAUGUUGAAACUUUCAAAGCUUUUGGGGCUGCGCUCCCAAACUUUGCGAAGUGGUUGAAACAAACCAGCAAACUUGUCCCAGAGUUUGAAACCCUUCCAGGUGGAGCCAUUCAAGAAGAGGACGACGAAGACGUCGACCUGUUCGGUUCUGACGACGAAGAGGCUGAUGCCGAGGCCGAGAGGGUCAAGGCCGAAAGAAUCGCUCAGUACAAUGCCAAGAAGGCCAGCAAGCCACCUAAGCCAGCUGCCAAGUCCAUUGUUACCAUGGACGUCAAGCCAUGGGACGACGAGACCGACAUGGACCAAUUGACCGCCAACGUCACCGCCAUCGAAAUGGACGGGUUGAACUGGGGUGCUCACAAGUUGAUUCCAAUCGGGUUCGGUAUCAAGAAGUUGCAAAUCAACUGUGUUGUCGAGGACGACAAGGUCUCUCUAGACGAAUUGCAACAACAGAUUGAAGAAGAUGAGGACCAUGUCCAAUCCACCGACAUUGCUGCUAUGCAAAAGUUGUAA